AUGGAAGGAGCCGUUCCCAAGCCAUCGGAGAAGAGGGUGGCCCUGGUCACCGGCGGGAACCGGGGCAUGGGGUUCGAGAUAUGCCGGCAGCUGGCGUCCAGCGGGCUCACCGUAGUCCUGACCGCGCGGAACGAGACGAGGGGAGCCGAGGCGGUCGACAGGCUUCGCGGCCUCUGCCUGCCGGACGUCGUGUUCCACCAGCUGGACAUCACGGAGCCCGCCAGCGCUGCUCGCUUGGCUGAUUUCGUCAGGAGCAAGUUCGGCAGGCUCGAUGUGUUGAUCAACAACGCAGGAAUAAUGGGAGUGACGAUGGAGGUUGGAGAUGAGGCAGCCAUCAAAGAAAUGAUGGUAGGCAAGGACCAGAACGAGAUUGCUGAAUGGCUGAAGCAGAGGACCACGCAGAACAUCGAGCAAGCAGAGGAAUGCGUCAGAAUUAACUACCACGGCACCAAAACCGUCGCGGAAGCUCUCCUUCCGCUCGUGCAAUCCUCCUCUGACGGAAGGAUCGUCAACGUCACUUCAGCCUUUGGGCUACUCAGGUUCUUCAGCGGCGAGGAGCUCCGGCAGGAGCUGAGCAGCAUCUGCACGCUGACCAAGCAACGGCUGGACGAGCUGUCGGCGCUGUUCCUGGAGGACUACAAGAGCGGCAAGCUGGAGCCCCGUGGAUGGCCGACCGACCGGGUGUACGCGGCGUACCAGGCGUCCAAGGCGCUCGUUGCCGCCUACACGAGGAUCCUCGCCAGGGAGAACCCGGCGCUGCGGGUCAACUGCGUGCACCCGGGCUACGUCGAGACGGAGAUGAACUGCAACACCGGUGACCUGACGGCCGCGGAAGGCGCCCGGGUCUCCGUCGCGGUCGCUGUCGCCGACCACGGCGGCGUCACUGGCGCUUACUUCGACCGCACUGAAAUAGCUUCAUUCGUGUAA